ACAAUUCUCAACAAUAACAAAGACAUUGCGCUUGUAAACAAAGCGCAUCCAAAGAUUUGACGUUACUAACAGCGACGGCCAUUUAAUCAUUCUUCCUGACGCGAGCAAAGAAGAACAAAUUCUCUCAAGAAGCUGCACAACGGGCGUCAUAAGCUUAAAAACGUUUCCUUCAGUCGCAUUUCUUCAUGUGGUUUCGAAAGUAAUAUUUGUAAUAAAUCAGCAGAGAAUCCCCUUUCAUAAUGUGCACUAUUGGAAGAAGAACGAAUAAUUGCCUGUAGUCAGGUCGCACAUUGUUUUCCGUAAUCGUACGGAACAUCCGGCAGCUGAAGUGUAGAAGAAACGCGUCGGUCGUGUAUCUUGUUCGCCGGUGUUUGGUGGUGAAAUAUUUUUUUACGUGAUUGCUUUCUCUCAACUCAACCAUCGAAUUGUGCUAGCUUCGUGUACAUCGUAUACAUCUUUGCAAACUAAAACGUUCACAGCGUAGAAAAUGUCGCUCGCUUAUUCACAGCAGUCACAGCAAGCAUCGAAUCCGGGCGGCGGUCGUGGUGGUAAUCCACCGAAUCGUGGCCAGGGACCACCUCCGAGUUCGAUGCAUAUACAGAAGAUAUUGGAUGAAAAUGCGGGCCUAAUACAGACGAUACAGGAGUUCCAGUUUGCUGGCAAAUCAAGCGAAAGCAUGUCGUACCAGGUGGCACUACACCGGAACCUCGUCUACUUGGCAAAUCUAGCCGAUCCGCAGCAGAACGUAUCGUCGCUACUUCCGCCACCCCAAAUGUUGCAUGCUAUUCAGCAACAACAGCAACAGCAACAGCAACAACAGCAGCAGCAACAACAACAACAGCCUCCACCGCCAACGCACGAUGGCAGCAUGAUGGGGCAAGGGCCGGGACAACCGGGAAUGCCCGGCUAUCCACAACCCGGCCAGGCACCACCGGGUGCCGGUAUGGGUGGUCAGCAACAACCGCAGCAGCAGCAGCAACAACAGCAAGGUCAGCCGCACGCUAGCAACGGUGUGGUACCGACAGGGCAGCAGCACAAUCCGCACGGACCACCGAAUCCGGCUGCCGGUGGAAUGCAACAGCCAGGGCAACAGGCAGGUGUACCGGGUAGCGUAGGUGCCGGUCACGGACAAAAUGCGGUCCCACAGGUGCCAAAUCAACCGGGCCAGAAUGUGGUGAUGGGUGGUGCUGGCGGUGCAAACCAGCAAGGUGGAUACCGUGCGCCCGGUACCAGCGGACCGAUGCCACCGACAUCAAAUGCUCCUGUGGUCGGUGGCCAGCAGCAGCAGCAACAGCAGCAGGGUUUGGUGAACCAACAAAAUUCCGGCCCGGGCGGUGCAAUCCGUGCUCCGGGUAUUCCCGGUCCGGGUGGGCAGCAGCAGCAGCAACCGGCCAGCCAACCGUUGCCACCGCAAACGUCUGGCUAUCAGCAGCGUGCUUCGUACAACGUACAGCACUCCCACUAUCCGGGGUAUCCGCCACCGAAUCAAACUCCGUACGGUGCCCAGGCUGGGUAUUCACCGUACGGCGGUCCACCUAAUCAGGUGCAAGGAUACGGUCCUCCGAAUGCGGGCACACCGCAGAGCUAUCAUCAUGCGGGUGUACCACCAGCCGGUUCCACCGGUGGUCAAGUACCGCCAGUACAAGGCUCACCGUAUCCGGGUGCAGCUGCCGGACAACAUCCGGGAGCAGGUGGAGCCGGUGCUGCUGGCAGUGGUGCUGGGCCCGGUACCUAUCAGCAGGGCCUUCCGCCGGGCGCACCGAACGCGCAGCCACACGUAGGUUACGGUCCGCCUGGGCAACCUCCCGUUCAAUAUCCGCCCCAGGGUGGACCAGGUGGACCACCACCACCGCACGGAUAUCCCGGUUAUCCGGGCACUGGUGCCGGUGCCGGUGCCGCUGCUGCUGCCGGUCCGAAUGGACCAUACGGUCAGCCGGCCGGUCCCGGUCAGCAGGGUGGUCACCCACCGCAAGGGCAGGUAGGCGGCUACCCAGCCCAGUCGCCCGGCUAUCCGAUGCCACAACAGCCACAAUACCCGACCGGUUACCCCGGCACUGGUCCACCGAAUACUGCCGGUCCUAUUCCGACCAGCGUUGGGGGAGGUGCCGGUCAAGCAGGUGCUGCGGGUGCUGGUGGGGCCGUCGCGGGACAACCGUCGGCAUAUCCGGGUCCGCAACAGCAGCAACAACCGCCUCAGACAGCAGUUGCCGCUGGCGGUGCAGGUGUACCAUCGUCCGCCAUACCAGCCACCACUACCUCCUCCUACCCGACGGCCAAUCCCGGCGGUGUAUCGGUAGGUGCAGGCGCAAUGCCACCAGGCGGUUCUUACAACACUCAACCACCCAACGCACAACAACAGCAGCAGCAACAACAACAGCAACAACAGCACGGACAACCACCGGUUUCCAACUAUCAACAACAGCAGCAACAGCAACCGGCCGGUGCGGUCGUACCCGGCCAGCAACAACAGCAACAGCAGCAAGGUGCACCGGGACCGGCUGGACCGGGUGUUUACCCACCCCAUCCGCCGUACCAUCAACAAUCGUAUGCGCCAUUGCCCGUGCCGCAGGGUCAAUAUCCGCCGGCCCAAACCGGCUAUCCGCAGUAUCCGCAGCGUCCACCGAACACACAGAUGCCGCCACCCGGUCCGCAGGGUCCACCACCACAGGGGGCCUACGGUUAUUACGGUCAGCCACCCCAGUAGAGUGGGAAAUUUUAACACUUUUCUUUUACCUAUUUCCCUCAUAUAUAUGUAUCUCUCUCUAUCAUCUUUUACAAUUUUUGCUACUAGCUGGUUAAUCGGAAUGAUUAAUCCAAUACCGUGUUAAUGGUUAAAAUGUAACAUGGAGUGUUUGUUCUAAUGUUCGAAUCUAAACGGGACAGACGUUAAUGUCGUUUUGUAAACUAUUUUUUACUUGACCAUGCUAGUACUUCAAUUCAAAAACUUACAAAAUAGCAAAAUAAUGGAUAAUUUAGAAUUACAUCCGGACCGUUUCACCUUAGAAAAGGCAAAAUUUCCGGCACCGUGAAAAUAUCAUGAUCAAUUAGGUCUUUUACGAGAAAAACAAAAAAUCCAAUUAUCACGAUAUCAGAUUAUUUUUAGUACUGUGUAUUCAAAUCAACAUCAAUUAUGUCGUAUCUAUUAUACAUUUUUUCUAAAAAAAUCAUCUAAUCUCUUAGGGAGUAAACCCUGUAUUCACAUGUUUCAAGAUUUGUUUCAAGUAUUUAGCCCGCAGUUUCAGGUUAAUUUUUACUGUCUGGCCCUUUUGGUGAAAAUUCUGCUGACCCCUGAUCUAAUGCAUGUGUGACAAAGUCAUCAGCAGAGUUGAUUAAUCUUUUACAAUAAGAAUAGGAACACUUGCGCGAUUUAUGACUGUUUUUUAUAAUGCAACUUAGCAUUAGUAACACUCCAUAUUACAUUUUAAUCGUGUGUAAGAACAUAUACAACAGACUGCUGAUGUGCAUACUAAGUAAGAAUGAAUCAGUGAGUUUGUUUAAAUUUUUCACAAAGAGUUGUCAUAAUAUAUUGGCGGUUUUAACUAACCCAAUGAGAUUUUAGCGAACGAAUGAGUUAUUUAACCCAAGAUGUCUAUCAACUCACUAGUGAGUUUAACAACUCCAUUCAUUUGAUGUGUGUAAGCCGCAGUUUCUAAAACUAAAGAAUCACUCUUCGAAGAAUCAGUUUAAGAGUUGUACCUCUGUCACUCACUCUGAGUCAAUUGGUCUUAGCUGAGUGAGUUGUUAUUCGCAUCACUUCUACAGCCCCACAAACACACACUAGCGGCUUCGUUAUUCAAACCUUAUAAUGGAAUAAUAUAAUCUUUUUCGAUGGGUUUUCGCAGCUAGCCUACUUUAGGUAAUGAAACUCCACUAGUUGUUGGUCACCCUAAAAUCACUGGUAUCACAACCUAUGAUCUACGGAUUACUUGUGGUAGGAAUUCCCGUUUUAAGAUCGCCCACGUGCUUAAUGUUUGAAUAUUUUAGGUAUAAAAGUGAUUUUUAGCCGAAAUCCUACUCUAAUCUCUAAAUGUAGAUUAGAAUCUAAAACAUCUAAUUCAACCCCUGUAUCCAACCUUAAUCCCAGUAGCUUUUAAGAUGAGUUUGUGGUCGCUAGGAAGCAAACCCACCCUUUCUCCCAUGUCUUCAUUCAAAUUAAUAAACUUUAUUUGCUUCGCUUUAGGUUUCAACAAGCGUGAAACAGUAUCAUAAUUGUUUCAUAAAAAAAAAUAAACAAAAUGGAAACGAAAUGCGAUUCCCCAAAAUAACCCAAAAUCCUCUUUGUGCUGUACAGGUGUACCAUACUUCCAUCGCAACAGUUACGGAUGAUUAUACAACAAUUGUGUAUUAAUUUAACAUAAAUCGAAUAAAUCAACCGGCAUAAGGUUAUUUUGUA